UAUUAUAGUUGUCAAGUAAUGCAUCUCUUCUGUUUUAGACAAACAUAUGGAAACCAAACGUCUCUUAAAGGAAACGUUAAUGGGGGAUAUAUUACAUUGCAUAUGAAUAGUUGCAGUCGAUAGUAAAUGUAAAAAUGAAAUUUAAACCAGUCACUUUACUAUUAUUAGUUAUUAAUGUAUGUAGGCCUAAUAAAGAUGUGAAGAAGAACACUAUAUAUGCAGUAUAGUGGAAAAGUCUUCCACAGUCAAAGGAAGUCUUUAAAGCUGCAUGCAAGACCAGAGACAGGAGAUGAAAAGCAUUUACUAACAGAGCAGCGUGAACGUGACCUGAGGGCUUCUCAGCAAAGCCAGAAUAAGGCUGGCUGCACUACAGCCCUAAGCAGGGCUGUGGUCAGCUGCAUCAUGGACCAGAAACCUCCCCAGCUAAGUGUGGCAGAUGUGAAGGAGGAAGCGCAGGACGUCCUCAUAUCGGAUGUGGACGGGGCCGGGCACAGCAGCCCUGACAAGAAAGCAGAGAGUACAGUGUGUCCCGUCUUUAAUGGGGAGGUGAAAGAAGAAACAGUGUUUCAGGACGUGACUGAGGAGAAGCUGGAUGGUGUCAGACCUCCAAACCUAGUCCAAGGUCUCAUUCCAGGGAGGAGAGUGAACAAGUUCCCCUGUCCUCACUGUCCCUCAUCCUACACUAUAGAAACUUUCCUCCAGAGACACAUGAAGAAAUCCCACCCUGAAGAGUUUGGUCCUGGUGUGAAACAGAAAGUUCACUGCUGCUCCCAUUGUGGGAAGAGCUUCAGUCACUUAGGAAACCUAAAGAAGCAUCAGCUGAUUCACUCGGGGGUGAGGCCCUACCAGUGCUCGGAGUGUGACAAGAGCUUUAGUCGAUUAGAAGCCUUAAAGGUCCACCAACGGAUUCACACAGGGGAGAGGCCCUACCAGUGCACUCAGUGUGGGAAGAACUUCAGUCAGGUAAUAAACUUAAAGUAUCACCAGCGGAUUCACACAGGGGAGAGGCCCUACCAGUGCUCACAGUGUGGGAAGAGCUUCAGUCGAGUAGGAAACUUAAAGGACCACCAGCGGAUUCACACAGGAGAGAGACCCUACCCAUGCUCCCAGUGUGGGAAGAGCUUUAGUCGAGUAGGAGCCCUAAAGAAGCACCAGCCAAUUCACACAGGAGAGAGGCCAUACCAGUGCUCACAGUGUGGGAAAAGCUUCAGUCGAAUAGGGAACUUAAAGGACCACCAGCGGAUUCACACGGGUGAGAGGCCCUACCAGUGCUCACAGUGUGGGAAGAGCUUCACUCAAGCAGGAGUCCUAAAGAAGCACCAGCGAAUUCACACGGGGGAGAAGCCCUACCAGUGCUCCCAGUGUGGGAACAAGUUCAGUGAUUUAAGAGCUCUAAGAGUGCACGAGCAAACUCACACUGGGGAGAAGCCGUACCACUGCUCCCAAUGUGAGAAGAGCUUCAGUUCUUUAGGAAAACUAAAGAAGCACCAGGGGAUUCACACAGGGGAGAGGCCCUACCAGUGCUCCCAGUGUGAGAAGAGCUUCAGUCAUUUAACCAAUCUAAAGAAGCACCAGUGGAUUCACACAGGGGAGAGGCCUUAUCGGUGCUCUCAGUGUGGAAGCAGCUUCAGUGCUUUAGAAAAACUAAAAGAACACCAACGGAUUCACACAGGGGAGAGGCCCUACCAGUGUUCCUAUUGUAAGAAGAACUUCAGUCAAGCAGGUACCCUGAAGGUCCACCUGCGGAUUCACACAGGGGAGAGACCCUACCAGUGCUCCCAGUGUGGGAAGAGCUUCAGUCAAGUAGGAAACCUAAAGCACCACCAACGGAUUCACACAGGGGAGAGGCCCUACCAGUGCUCCCAGUGUGGGAAAAGUUUCAGUCAUUUAACAAAUCUAAAGAAGCACCAGCGAAUUCAUACAGGAGAGCGACCCUUCCAGUGCUCCCAGUGUGGGAACAGUUUCAGUGUUUUAGAAAAACUAAAGGAGCACCAACGGACUCACACCGGGGAGAGGCCCUACCACUGUUCCCACUGUAAGAAGAGCUUCAGUCAAUUAGGAACCCUAAAGAUCCACCUGAGGAUUCACACAGGGGAGAGGCCCUACCAGUGCUCCCAGUGCGGGAAGAGCUUCAGUCACUUAACAAACCUAAAGAAACACCAGCAGAUUCACACUGGAGAGAGGCCUUUCAAGUGCUCUCAAUGUGGGAACAGCUUCAGUGCUUUAGGAAAACUAAAGGAGCACCAGCGGAUUCAUACAGGGGAGAGACCCUACCCAUGUUCCUAUUGCAAAAAGAACUUCAGUCAAGUAGGAACCCUAAAGGUCCACCUGCGGAUUCACACAGGGGAGAGGCCCUACCAGUGCUCCCAGUGUGGGAAGAGCUUCAGUCAAGUAGGAAACCUAAAGCACCACCAGAGGAUUCACACAGGGGAGAGGCCCUACCAGUGUUCCCAGUGUGGGAAGAGCUUCAGUCAAGUGGGGAACCUAAAGAAGCACCAGCGAAUUCACACAGGAGAGCGCCCCUUCCAAUGUGCCCAGUGUGGGAACAGCUUCAGUGCUUUAGGAAAACUAAAGGAGCACCAACGGAUUCACACAGGGGAGAGACCAUACCCGUGUUCCUAUUGUAAGAAGAACUUCAGUCAAGUAGGAACCCUAAAGAUCCACCUGCGUAUUCACACAGGGGAGAGGCCCUACCAGUGCUCCCAGUGUGGGAAGAGCUUCAGUCAAGUAGGAAACCUAAAGCACCACCAGCGGAUUCACACUGGAGAGAGACCUUACCAGUGCUCCCAGUGUGGGAAGAGCUUCAGUCAUUUAACAAACCUAAAGAAGCACCAGCGGAUUCACACAGGGUAGAGACCCUACCUGUGCUCCCAGUGUGGGAAGAGCUUCAGUCAAUGAGGAGAAUUCCUAAAGGAGCAUGAGCGGACUCACACAGGGGAGAGGCCUUUCAAGUGCUCACAGUGUGGGAAGAGCUUCAGUCAGGUAGGAGUCCUAAAGAAGCAUGAGCGGACUCACACAGGGGAGAGGCCUUUCAAGUGCUCACAAUGUGGAAAGAGCUUCAGUCAUGUAGGAGCCCUAAAAGAGCAUGAGCAGACUCACACUGGGGAAAAGCCUUACCAGUGCUUCCAGUGUGAGAAGAGCUUCAGUCAUUUAAGAUACCUAAAGAAGCAUGAGUGGAUUCAUACAGGAGAGAGGCCCUUCAAGUGCUCACAGUGUGAGAAGAGCUUCAGUCGAUUAGAAGCUUUAAAGGUCCACCAGCGGAAUCACACAGGGGAGAGACCCUACCAGUGUUCCGAGUGUGGGAAGAGCUUUAGUCAGGUAAUAAACCUAAAAUAUCACCAGCGGAUUCACACAGGGGAGAGGCCCUACCAGUGCUCCCAGUGUGACAAGAGCUUCAGUCGAGUAGGAGCCCUAAAGAAGCAUGAGCCAAUUCACACAGGGGAGAGGCCCUACGAGUGCUCCCAGUGUGGGAAGAGCUUCAGUCGAGUAGGAAACCUAAAGGACCACCAGCGAAUUCACACGGGGGAGAGGCCCUACCAUUGCUCCCAGUGUGGGAAGAGCUUCAGUCAUUUAGCAAACCUAAAGAGUCACCAGCGGAUUCACACAGGGGAAAGGCCCUACCAUUGCUCCCAGUGUGGGAAGAGCUUCACUCAAGCAGGGGUCCUAAAGAAGCAUCAGCGAAUUCACACAGGGGAAAAGCCCUACCAGUGCUCCCAGUGUGGGAACAAUUUCAGUGAUUUAAGAGCCCUAAGGGUGCAUGAGCAAAUUCACACUGGGGAGAAGCCGUACCAAUGCUCCCAGUGUGAGAAGAGCUUCAGUGCUUUAGGAAAACUAAAGAAGCACCAGCAGAUUCACACAGGGGAAAGGCCCUACCAGUGCUCCCAGUGUGGGAAAAGCUUCAUUCAUUUAGGAAAUUUAAAGGACCACCAGCGGAUUCACACAGGCGAGAGGCCCUACCAGUGCUCGCAGUGUGGAAAGAGCUUCAUUCAUUUAACAAACUUAAAGAAGCACCAGCGGAUUCACACAGGGGAGAGGCCCUACCACUGCUCCCAGUGUGGGAACAGCUUCAGUGCUUUAGAAAAAUUAAAGGAUCACCAGCGGAUUCACACAGGGGAGAGGCCCUACCAAUGUUCAUACUGUAAGAAGAACUUCAGUCAAGUAGGAACCCUAAAGAUCCACCUGCGGAUUCACACAGGGGAGAGACCCUACCAAUGCUCUGAGUGUGGGAAGAGCUUCAGUCAAGUUGGAAACCUAAAGCACCACCAGCGGAUUCACACAGGUGAGAGGCCCUACCAGUGUUCCCAGUGUGGGAAGAGCUUCAGUCAUUUGACAAACUUGAAGAAGCACCAGCGAAUUCACACAGGAGAACGGCCCUUCCAGUGCUUUCAGUGUGGGAACAGCUUCAGUGUUUUAGAAAAACUGAAGGAACACCAACGGAUUCACACAGGAGAGAAACCCUACCACUGUUCCUACUGUAAGAAGAACUUCAGUCAAGUUGGAACUCUAAAGAUCCACCUGCGGAUUCACACAGGGGAGAGGCCCUACCAGUGCUCCGUGUGGGAAGAGCUUCAGUCAUUUAACAAACCUAAAAAAGCACCAGCGGAUUCACACAAGGUAGAGGGAGGGGGGUGGGGGGAAGCAGUGAUGGUGUGAUUAAUGUCCAGUUUGCUCUAUAUAAGUAUUAUGUGUAGGUUGUAGCCACAGACCAUGGCUUGUAUCUCCUGAGAUGCCUAAUGUUUAAUCUGGAUCUGAUCCUGUCAAACCCCUAUGAGUGAUUGCUGCAAGUGGGUGGCUUUGAACUGUGCUUCUCAACUGGUUCUAGCCUGAAUAAAAAGAUUAUUCUUUGGUCAGUGAUA